UUUUUUAAUCAAAAAGCUGAGAAAGUGUUCAGCAUCUUCCUUAGUCUCAGACGAUCAGUCUUUUGUUGUCUUAUGGAAAGAUGGAGAUAACAAAUCAUCCAAAGAAAUUUACCCUGAAUCUACAAGUAGUGAAUUUAUUGAAGUUCAAUCGGCAUUAAAAAAAGAAUCAUUGAAGUUAGAACAUUCAAGUUUUGCAAACGAGAUUAGGUUACAAGCUGAAAAUGAUUUGUCCGUUGAUGGUCUAAGUAAUCAGAAUGAAAGAAAAAAUAUGGAGAGUGCCAAAAUGGACCAAUCAUUACAGUUACUAAAUAUGGAACAGAUUAAAAAUGAAAUUGAUACAUCAGAUGUUAUAAGUAUACCAACUUUGACUAAUGACCUCACUCCAGCAGAACUUGAAAAGAAAGUUUCUGAAAUUGUUGAAGAAAAUAUUCGACUUAAAGACACAGUCCUCGGGAAUAACAAGACCAUGAAGAUGCAGUAUGAAAGAAUUGUAAAAUGGCAAUCAGAUGUGCAGAAGGUACAUCAAACACAUAAGGAAAAAAUUAUUGAAGCUAAAGAAUUUAUAGAAAGGUUGAAAAAGGAAAAUUCCAACAUAUCUCGUGAAUUGGAGCAGUUGAAAGCAAGUAAGAAAACCCAAGAAGAGGAGGUAAAUUCUUUAAAACAGGCGUUAAUGGAAAAAGAACAGUUCUAUCAAGAAAAAUUGAGUCUCAUAACUAAGAAUAUAAAUGAGAAGAAGGAACUAAAAGAGACAGAAUUAAACAAGAAUCUGACUGUAGAAAAUACAGAAUAUAAGGCUAAGUUAAUUUGUGCCUAUAGUAAAAUUGAAGAAUAUAAAAAAGAAAUUGACAGUCUACAAAGAGCCUUACACUCUAUUAAAAGCGAAUUUCAGGAGGCCAAACAACUUGCUACCAGUAGACAGCAAGAGAUGGCCAGUAUUCAAAACCAUUUGGGAAAUACUCAGGUUACGUUGAGCAAGGUAGUCUGCAGCAGAGCAGAGGCCUAUGCUCUGAUCGAUAAAUUGAAUAAGGAGAGUCUUGAGUUGAAGACAAAAUUGGAAAGGUCACAAGCUCAGGCAGAAGAAAUAUUUGCGCUGAAAUCACAGCUAGAACUGUACAAAACAGAUUUUGAUAUAGAAAAAAGUGCCACAGCAGCCAUUAAAAUUGAGAAUGAGAAACUUUCAGAAGACAUUCAGAACUUGCAAAAUAAAAACCAACAAUUGCAGCAAAAAAUUAAGUAUAUAUGUGAUAAUAACUACAUCGUACCUCGAACCCAAAAUGAAUCUACUUCCGCCAAACCACCUCCAUCUCCUGAUGAUCAGUGUUUCCUCCAGUGACGCUAUUAUGUAUUGUAAAGCCCUCAUCUAUCAAGAAAACCUAGUGCCAUAAAAAACUUGUUACCUCUAUAUCUAUUUUUUUAAUCUGAAACUUUCAAAUAUCUCGAAAUAUAAGCACAUUGAAAUCUUAAAUAGGAACCCCCAUUUUUUAUUGUAGACUCGGAUUCUUUGGCUAAAACUAUGUAGAAUUUCCUUAGAACAAUUUAAUAAUUAGCGUUAAUGUAUUUACUCCACGGAAUGAUUGAAUUUUGAUUAUGGAUAUUUUUUUCGUUGAACGCAUGUUUUAGAGAUUUGAAGUUUCAGGUUAAAAAAAUCCGAUUUAUAUAUAUAUA